UUUCCAAGAUGUAAUUGUCUCCAUGUGCAGUCGAAACUGUUUGGUGGUUUAGUUAGGGAUCUGUUUCAUGAGUUGAGCCCCAUACCCAUCCCAACUUGACAGAGCUUGGGUGCACGGUGAUUCCGUGGUUUAAGAGUACAGAUGACGCUACCAGAAAGAAAUGGCUCCCACCCGUUAAACUGUUAGUGCCGAUGGGCCUUUUUUUCUGCCAAGCAGCAUCGCUUGGCCGUGGUCCAGAUUCCCACCCCGGUGGCGUUGUUGAUCGGCCGAUGAGCCAAUGAGCGCACAAUUUCGACAGCAAGGUUUGAGAGCUGCCGCAAGUGGAGCACGAAACUUUGCAGCUCUGGGUCCCAGGGAUGCAGUGCCAAAGCGCAGCAUCAUUUCAUUUAAUCACCCAUCGAAGGCCCAUCCAGAGCCAACUUUACCAUCAAUCUCUCAUCUCACUUCCAAAGUUUCAACUUCCCAUCUUACACUUCCAUCACGCCAAAAUGGAACCAGCAUUUAACCUUCAACCUCCGUCGUCGUCGCGACGAAAGAACCGAGCCGCGGCAGACCACCUCACCCUCGCACCGUUAACCACCUUUCUCCCCCGCGAAGAGUACGACACCAGCAACACCAGCUCUUCCCGCCCACACACCUCGUACAUCCAAGGCCGAUCCGCACCCACAACUCCCGUCAUUCUCUCCCACUCACCACCUCCGCCGUACCGCCGCCCGACACGAGGCGUCUCAGUACCCUACUCACCAGCCCGGGCGGCCCUAACCAAGAGCAAAUCCUCCAGCCAGCUCCCUAAGGGCAGCAGCAGUAGCAGUAGGAGGAGCCAAACCGACAGCAGCACCGGCACAACGCCCACAACAGCAGCAGCAGCAGCAGCAGCCCGCCGCCGCGAGAGCGUGAUCCCAGACACCGACUUUCUGCUGCACGUGGGCGCGCUGAUCGCCUCGGAGGCACGUGACGCGAAGGGGCAAGGGUGGCUGGUGACGCGGGCGAGCUCGACGACGAGCCUGCCGGAGGCGUACGCGGCGUACGUGUCCGAGGACGGCCUGACGCCGCGCGAGCGCCUGUUCCACCACCAGCAGCAGCGCUGGCAGCGCACCGCCGUGCAGAGCGCGCGCACCAGCCGCCGCGGCAGUAAGGACUACUCCGGCUCCGCCGACGCGGCCGCCUCCGCGGUGGCGGCGGCCACGGCCGCGUCCGCGUUCGCGUCGCCCGUGCAUAGUCAUUUCGGCAGCCAUUUCGGCAGCCGCAGCCGCAGCCGCCGGCCCAUGACGCCCGCCGAGGUGCGCCGUGCCGAGUUGUUGGCUUCGAUGGAGGAUGAUCCCCAGCUGGCGGAGGACUACUUCGGUCAGGUGGCGGCGUCGAGCGAGGCGGAGACGCCGCCGCUGGCCGGGGCCAACUUUGUGGGGUUGGACAUGGAGCUCGAGUUUGGCCCGCCGGAGCAGGACGAGGAUGAGAAGCUGGCGGCGGACGAGGAGUAUAUCCGGCAACUUACGCAGAAGAAGGGGCUCCUGGUGUGGAUCGUUGACAAGAUGAUGGGGCGGGAAGACGAGGAGGAGGAGCCUGAGGAAGAAGAUUACGGGGAGGGAGAUUUCGACAGUUGGGAGGAUAGAGAGCGGCAGCGGCAGGCAAGGCGGUCGGCGAGCUUGAAGAGGCUCCGGGAGGCCACAGUCAUACCGUUGGAUUGUACCAACGACCCGCCUCCGAAAGAGGAUGGCGGAUUGUGGAGCGACGCUACGUGGUUACUCAGGGUGGCUGCAAAUUCUUUCUUUCCAUAAGAGGCUCGCUCUGGCAAGGCCGGGCGUAAGGCUGCCCGGGGCUUAUCCAUCAACCGUGCCGCGCCGCGUUACUACAAUAUCUUCAUUAUUAGCGGAUACCCCCAUCUGCUGGGCUGACUGCCCCCCCACACGGGGCUUGAGACAGCCCAUAGCGGUGGACAAUACUAGGAAGUUGUGUUACGUUUCAAAA